AUAUUUCUGGAAAUUUUUCUCACAUUUUCCUACACAGACACCUUUACCCUUCAGCUCUUUCUGAUGGGUGGAAGUGGCGAUGAGGUUCAAAAGUACACUCUGUUGGACGAAUUUCGACUGAGCUGCUAUGACCUAUCUGAUCCUUUCAUUCCUGUUCACGUCUGUCUUCGAGCACUUCAGGCAAGUAGGUUGCGCUCUUUGGUGUUCAAGUAA